AUGGUUGCCUGCUACCGAGGCUUCGAGAGUGUUGUGGCUCUGCUCAGCCGCUGCCCUUUCCUCGAUGUGAACCAGCAGGAUAAAGAAGGGGACACUGCCCUCAUGCUGGCUGCCCAAGCAGGCCAUGUGCCUCUGGUGAGUCUUCUGCUCAACUAUUACCCGGGCCUGGACCUGGAGCGCCGAGACCAGCGGGGGCUAACAGCACUGAUGAAGGCCGCUGUGCGGAAUCGUUCGGAAUGUGUGGCUGCCCUCCUCAUGGCAGGUGCUGACCUGACAGCGGUGGAUCCUCUUCGGGGCAAGACGGCCCUAGAAUGGGCACUGCUGACCGACAGCUUCGACACUGUGCAGAGGAUCCGGGCGCUGCUGCGGCGCCCCCAAAUAGAGCAGCUGAGCCAGCAUUACCAGCCCGAGUGGCCAGCCUUGCCUGGGCUCGUGGCUCAGGCCCAGGCCCAGGCCCAGGCUACCCCAUCUCUUCUAGAGCGACUGCAGGCCACUUUGAGCUUCCCCUUUGCCCAGUCUCCUCAGGAGGGGGGUGUCCUGGACCACCUCGUGACCAUCACCACCAGCCUGGCCAGUCCCUUCCUCACCACGGCCUGCCAUACCCUGUGCCCUGACCGGCCACCUGCGCUGGGCACCCGAAGCAAGUCUGUGCCAGAGCUGCUAGUACAAGCCAGAGCCCAGGCGCAGAGAGAAUCAAAGCCUAGCCCUUCCUGUCUGGAGAUACCAGGAGCUCAGGAUGGAGAGGAAGAGGAGGGAGGAGGAGGAGGGUAGGUGAGCACAGAAUUAGAGGAAGAUGGAUGAGGCCAGGCUGAGAACAGGUGAUCAGGUCCUUCCCUAAGGCUCCUUCACCUUCUAGAGCCCUUUCUGCUUUCCCAUUGCUCUCUGUUACAAAUGCCUCUGUGCUCUCCUUGAGAGGUUAUUCAUACGGCAUUGUUUGCAAUCAUCAGAGUGAAAACAACCUAAGUGUCCAUCAACUUAGCUAGGCAACUAGCUAAGUUCCUUAUGGGUGUGAUCAUAGUACAUCCAUAGGAUGUAUUCUGCCCAGUGGUAAAACAAAGUUAAGGAAGCUUUGUAUGUUCUGAUAUGAAACUGUCUUCGAGAUGUAUUAAGUGUACAAGUGUAUUAAGUGUAAAUAAUCAAGGGGUGAAACAGCUUGAAUGGCGUGCUGCUGUUUGUCAAGGGAAAAUGUGCACCGAGAUAAACUUGACUGAUACAAACGUA